CAGGAUCUGCCGAGGGUCUGCGCCAUACAAAACACGAUGUAAAAUCUGCUUCAUCUCUUCUGAACCCAGACCUUCUUCAUCUUCAUCAUGGAGCUCGAAGACGUCGAAAACUAUGGCAACGGCAACUUCACCUACGACGAAAAUGGCACUUACAACGGCACGGCUUUCGAAAACUGCCCUAACAUCAACAUCCCUGUGGUCUACGUCGUCACCCAAGUUCUCUAUGCCCUUGUCUGUAUUGUUGGCCUCCUUGGGAACACCUUGGUCAUCUACGUGGUUCUGCGCUAUUCCAAAAUGCAGACAGUCACUAACAUGUACAUCGUGAAUCUUGCUAUCGCUGACGAAUGCUUCCUCAUCGGCAUACCCUUCUUGAUUACAACUAUGUCGCUCCGAGCCUGGCCUUUUGGAAGAUUCAUGUGCAAAGCCUACAUGAUUUCUACAGGAAUCAAUCAGUUCACCAGCAGCAUCUUUCUAUGUAUCAUGAGCGCGGAUAGAUAUAUAGCAGUCUGUCAUCCUAUAGCUGCACCUCGUUUACGGACGCCGUUCGUUUCGCGAGUAGUCUCCGCUGCCGCUUGGACUGCUUCUGCCCUUGUUAUGACACCUAUCUUCAUGUAUACAACUCUGAUACCUACUGAGAAUGGAUUAUCCUGCAACAUUGUUUGGCCGGAGCGAGAGUUCAACAAAGGACAGACUUCAUUCACUCUUUACUCUUUCGCACUUGGCUUCGCAGCGCCGCUGACUCUGAUCUUCGUCUUCUACUGUCUCGUCAUCAGGAAACUGAAGACAGUUGGACCAAAGAACAAGUCUAAAGAGAAGAAACGAAGUCACAGGAAAGUGACGAAGCUGGUUUUGACGGUGAUAGCGGUGUAUGUGCUUUGCUGGCUGCCGUACUGGGCGUUCCAAGUGGCUUUAAUCUACUCGCCGCCCACAGAGUGUGCCAGCCGCAUAACAGUAACAGUUUUCUUGGUAGCUGCUUGCUUCAGCUACAGUAACUCUGCGAUGAAUCCGAUCCUCUACGCGUUUCUAUCAGACAACUUCAAGAAGAGUUUCCUAAAGGCCUGCACGUGUGCAGCUGGGAAGGAUGUGAACGCGACUCUUCAUGUGGAGAACAGCGUGUUUCCAAGGAAGCGUGGAGGCGCACAAGCAAGAGCUCAAGCGAGAGCUUUGAACGAGACUCGCGCAAGUCUCUGCGUACCAGUUGGAGGUCCAUCCCGUUCUGAUGCUUCGACGGCUGUGACUACUCGUUCAGCGGUGCCGAGUGAGGCGUUCGCGUUGGAGCCCCCGCCGGGGCAAAGUGCGCCUCUGCUGGCGCCCAACGGGGUCACACAUUCAUGUAUGUGAGUGAGGCCGCGGCGCGACCGCGAUACCUCAAGCGUGUGCGUUGAGGAGGACACUCUGAUUGUGUCCUUAGACUAGAGUAGACAUAGAGAGAGAUGGACUCAAAGAGCGGGGGUGCGCGACGCGAGCCCCGUCCCGCACCGCCGCUGUAUACGAAUUGUUCCUCUAAGUCUAGUGUCAUUAAGUUUAAUUUCGUGUAAAAAAGGUGUUUCGGUCUAGGGUUGUAACGAUGAAUUUAUUAAAGUGUAGUUUUGUAUGUCAUCGUAAGUGGGGAUGUAAAAAUGUACAUAUCGUGUAAAUAUUCAUAUUUGUCACAUGUCUGAGUUGUAAUAAAAUUACAUUUGUGAA